CUCACUCUCUUUCUCUCUCCUCCUUCUUCCUCUUUCCUUUUCCAGAUAUGACUCAUCACUCUUCUUCAUUUUCUUACUUCCAUGGAUGUUCUUUCUCUCUCCUCUUUUAGGGUUCUUCUUUCUCUCUCUUCCCCUCUUCACUAAAUGCCUCUUCUUCUUCAUCUUCUUCCCAGACUCAAAUUUACACACACCCCAAAAAUCAAAACAAAAUUCCAUUUUAAACAAUCUAUCCCACCAUUUUUCUUCUUAAUUCUGCUAAAUUAUUGCUCUAAUUUUUACUAAUUUUUUUUGUAGAUCACGAACAAGGGAACAGUAAUCUUGUACCGUGAUCUAGUUAAACCCGUGUUUGAAUUAAAUUAAUACUACAUUUUAUCAAAUUACGUAAGACCAAGUACUGAUUCUUAGGUCAGAUAUAAGUUUUGUAGUUGUUGGUCUCCCCUCUCUCCGAAAUUGAGCAAGAAAAAGGAAGGAAGAACGAAGAAGAGAGAGGAGAGAGAAAAUGGCGAUGGUUGUGCACCGAGAGAGCAGCAGUGGAAGUGGAGGAAGUAGCGGAAUGAGCAAACACAUGGCGGCGGCGGCGGCAGCAGCAGCGGCUUCAUCGGCUGAUGCCGGAAAGUACGUCAGAUAUACAGCUGAACAAGUAGACGCUUUAGAGAGAGUUUACGCCGAGUGUCCGAAACCCAGCUCGUUACGGCGUCAACAGUUGAUUCGUGAGUGUCCUAUCCUGUCCAACAUCGAGCCCAAACAGAUCAAAGUUUGGUUUCAGAAUCGAAGGUGUAGGGAGAAGCAGAGGAAAGAGUCGUCGAGGUUACAGACGGUGAACAGGAAGUUAUCAGCUAUGAAUAAAUUGUUGAUGGAAGAGAAUGAUCGGUUGCAGAAGCAGGUUUCUCAGUUGGUGUGUGAAAAUGGGUUUAUGCGCCAACAACUUCAUACUGCACCAACUGCGACCACUGAUGGAAGCUGUGAGUCUGUGGUCACCACUCCUCAGCAUAAUCUUAGAGACACCAAUAACCCUGCUGGACUCCUGUCUAUUGCGGAGGAGACAUUGGCAGAGUUCCUUUCUAAGGCAACUGGGACUGCUGUUGAUUGGGUUCAGAUGCCUGGGAUGAAGCCUGGUCCGGAUUCGGUUGGGAUCUUUGCCAUUUCACAUCGUUGUAGUGGAGUGGCAGCUCGAGCCUGCGGUCUUGUUAGUUUAGAGCCCACUAAGAUUGCAGAGAUCCUUAAAGAUCGUCCAUCAUGGUUCCGGGACUGCCGGAGCCUUGAAGUAUUCACUAUGUUUCCUGCUGGAAAUGGAGGAACAAUUGAACUUAUAUAUACACAGAUAUAUGCCCCAACUACUUUGGCUCCUGCACGUGAUUUUUGGACUCUGCGAUAUACCACAACUUUAGAAAAUGGCAGUGUCGUGGUUUGUGAGAGAUCUCUAUCGGGUUCUGGACCAAAUACUGCUGCUCCUCAGUUUAUAAGAGCUGAUAUGCUUCCAAGUGGCUAUCUUAUUAGGCCAUGCGACGGUGGUGGUUCAAUCAUCCAUAUAGUAGACCACCUCAAUCUUGAGGCAUGGAGUGUACCAGAGGUGCUGCGGCCAUUAUAUCAAUCAUCAAAAGUUGUGGCCCAGAAAAUGACUAUAGCAGCUUUACGCUACAUCCGACAAAUUGCACAAGAGACAAGUGGGGAGGUGGUAUAUAGUUUGGGUAGGCAACCGGCUGUUUUACGGACGUUUAGUCAGAGAUUGAGCAGAGGUUUUAAUGAUGCUAUCAAUGGGUUCCCUGAUGAUGGUUGGACAUUGCUGACUUGUGAUGGUGCUGAAGAUGUCAUAAUUGCCUGUAAUUCUGCCAAGACUUUUAUGGCCACUUUGAAUGCUGCAAGCUCACUUCCUAUGGUUGGUGGUGUCCUGUGUGCAAAGGCAUCUAUGCUACUUCAGAAUGUACCUCCUGCAGUGCUGGUUCGAUUUUUGAGAGAGCAUCGGUCAGAGUGGGCUGAUUUUAGUGUUGAUGCGUAUUCUGCAGCAGCUUUGAAGUCGAAUGCAUAUGCAUUUCCUGGGAUGAGGGCCACAAGGUUUACUGGAAGUCAAAUUAUCAUGCCUCUUGGACACACAAUUGAGAAUGAAGAAAUGCUGGAGGUUAUUCGGUUGGAAGGACAUUCUCUUACUCCAGAAGAUGCUUAUAUCUCUAGAGACAUCCAUCUGUUACAGAUAUGCAGUGGAAUAGAUGAGAAUGCAGUUGGAGCCUGUUCUGAACUUGUUUUUGCGCCAAUUGAUGAAAUGUUUCCAGAUGAUGCUCCCUUGCUUCCUUCUGGGUUCCGUAUUAUUCCGUUGGAUUCAAAACCAGAAACUGCAACAAAUCGGACACUUGACCUAACUUCAAGUCUUGAAGUGGGUCCAUCGACCAACAAUGGAGCUGCUGAUGCGACUUCUUCUGGCAGCACUCGUUCUGUGUUGACCAUUGCCUUCCAAUUCCCAUUUGAGAUAAGCCUCCAAGAAAAUGUUGCUACAAUGGCUCGCCAAUAUGUUCGUACUGUUAUAUCUUCCGUGCAAAGGGUUGCCAUGGCUAUAUCUCCUUCAGGAGCAAGUCCGACAGUGGGUCCAAAAUUAUCUCCAGGCUCUCCAGAGGCGCUUACUUUGGCUCAUUGGAUUUGUCAAAGUUACAGUUACCAUAUGGGAACAGAAUUGCUUAGGACUUCGUCUGCUGGUGAUGACACAGUGUUGAAGCAUCUUUGGCAUCACCAGGAUGCUAUCGUGUGCUGCUCGUUGAAGUCCCUCCCAGUUCUCAUCUUCGCAAACCAAGCAGGGCUUGAUAUGCUGGAGACAACUUUGGUUGCACUACAAGAUGUUACCCUAGAUAAAAUAUUUGAUGAAUCAGGCCGGAAAUCAUUAUGCUCCGACUUUCCAAAGAUAAUGCAAUUGGGUUAUGCUUGCUUACCUGGUGGAGUUUGCACGUCAACUAUGGGCCGUAAUGUUUCUUAUGAACAAGCAAUUGCAUGGAAAGUCUUUGCUGCAGACGAGACUACAGUCCAUUGUCUUGCUUUCACUUUUGUGAACUGGUCUUUUGUGUGAACCGUAAUUUAGGAAAAAUGUUUAAUUUAAUCCCAUCUUAUCCUCUGUUGUUUCUUUCCUACAACAGGUUAAAAAGAGGAAGGGUGUUUGAUAAAUUAAGGCGGGUCAGUUGUGUAGAAAUCCAGGGAAAAAAAAAAAGAAAGUUUUUGUAAUAUUUAUUACACCAGAGCUGCAUUUUACUAAUUUAUUUAAUUGCAAAUUCCGUCAAAUUCUAGUUGCAA